AUGGCUUCCAUCUUCCAGCAGGCUUCCAAGGCCGCCAAGGGCAAGCGCAAAGCAGACGCACACGACGAGGAUGCGGUUGCUGCCCCCAUUCGUCGAAACAAGCAGAGGGUUCUGAUGCUGCCAUCUCGUGGCGUCACCUCUCGCAUGCGUCACCUCAUCAACGACCUCGAGUCACUCAUGCCGCAUGCAAAGAAGGACUCUAAGCUCGACUCGAAAUCUCAGUUGCACCUGCUCAACGAGCUAGCAGAGCUUAACAACUGCAACAACGCCCUCUAUUUUGAAGCUCGAAAGCGCGAGGAUUUGUACAUGUGGGCGUCCAAAACGCCCAACGGUCCCUCCGCCAAGUUUCAAGUGCAGAACAUCCACACGAUGGACGAGCUCAAGAUGACUGGCAACUGCCUAAAAGGCUCGAGACCCAUCCUCUCGUUCGACAAGGAAUUUGACGAAAAGCCGCACUGGACAUUGGUCAAGGAGAUGUUUACUCAGAUGUUUGGCGUGCCCAAGGGCGCACGUAAAGCAAAACCUUUUGUCGACCACGUCAUCUCAUUUUCGAUUGUCGACAACAAGAUCUGGUUUCGCAACUACCAGAUUGUCGAGUCCGACCCAGGUGCGACGGCGAUGGCCAAGGUGGAAGAGGCACAGGAUGGAAAGAAGAAGGCAGGUGGCGCUAAGGAUGCAUCAAGGCAGCCCAAACUAGUAGAAAUCGGUCCUCGAAUGGUACUGUCGCCCAUUCGCGUCUUUGAAGGUAGCUUUGGCGGUGCCACUGUCUUUGAAAACCCCGAGUACAUUUCACCGAAUGCCAUCCGUCACAUGGUCCGAAAGCAGAAGGGCAACAAAUACGCAGACCGUGUCAACCAGCAAGAGUCUUUCCGAACAAAGAAGGACCGUCUCAAGCCACGCGAGGAUGCACUCAGCCGCAACAAAGUGUUUGCUUGA